CAGUUCCCAGUAAGCCCACUGUGACCCUGCAGCCAUCCUGGACUCAGAUAUACAGCGGUGAGACAGUCACUGUCAGAUGUGAGAUUCAGGGAGGUGAAGGAGCUCAGUGGACGUAUGAAUGGAGAGCAGCCAAGUUAAACACACCUCCAACAUCCAAUGAACACAGAAUCAUCAGAGCUACUGAGUCUGACAGUGGAGGAUACAGCUGCCGGGGCAGAAGGGACUAUUUCUUCACAGAGUGGAGUGAUAUCAUCACACUGACUGUAUCAUAUAAACCAAAGGCCAAACUGAGAGCUGAUAACACAGCUGUUCCAGUAGGGGGCAGUGUGACCCUGACCUGCUCUGUGAACCCAUCAUCAUCAUCUGGAUGGAAAUACUACUGGUACAGAGAUGAGAAAUCCUCUGAAGCCCUGACCACACAAGAUGCAGUUUUCCACUCAAAUGGACAAAUCAGUGUCUCACAGGAAGGACUCUACAGGUGCAGAGGAGGAAGAGGAAACCCAGUUUACUACACAGAGGACAGCCAGUCAGUCAGGAUUGGGAAAACUGUAACAGCCUCAAACAGGCCUGUUGUGACUCUGUAUCCAAACUGGUCUGAGAUAUACAGAGGAGAGACGAUCACUGUCAGAUGUGAGAUCCAUGGAGGAGACACUGAGUGGGAUUAUGAGUGGGAAACAAACAGCAUGAUAAAAGCUCCAAAUCAAAAUGAAUACAGGAUUAGAUCUGCUUCAUCAUCCAACAGUGGAAACUAUCGCUGUAAGGGCAGAAUGAAAAGUUCACAGCAUAAAACAACAGAGUGGAGUGAUUCAGUCACACUGACAGUUUCUGACAAUAAACCCCGUCCUGUCCUCACUGUGUCUCCAUCAUGGCUGAGUCCUGGAGCCUCAGUAACUCUGAACUGUGAGGUUGAACAUCCGUCUGCAGGAUGGAGCUUCUACUGGUAUAAAGCUGUUCCUGAUCUAUCAGAGAAAUCCUCCAGUUAUGAGCUGCUACCUGAUGGCAGUGGGACUGCACAGGACUCCUACAUCAUUCAUGGACAGACACACACAGCAGGAUAUGUGUGCAGAGCUGGAAGAGGAGACCCAGAGUAUCACACUGAUCACAGUCAACCAACGUUUGUCUGGUCUGCAGAUGUUCAUUCAGCAGCGUCUCUCACAGUGAGUCCUGACAGAGUGCAACACUUCACCUCUGACUCUGUCUCACUGACCUGUGAGGGAAACUUCACUGAGUGGAGAGUGAGGAAGUUCUCUGAGGACGGCCGACUGUACUCUGACUGUAGGAGAAUGACUGGAUCCACAUGUAACAUCAACACAUCAAAGUCAGAUACUGCAGUGUACUGGUGUGAGUCUGGAUCAGGAGAGUUCAGCAGUGCAGUCAACAUCACUGUACAGAAUGAUGGUAAUGGUCCUAUCCUGGUGAGUCCUGUUCAUCCUGUGACUGAGGGAGCUUCUGUUAGUCUGAGCUGCAGUUUGAGAACACAAAAAAAAUACUUUCCAAUGUGUUUUCUAUCACAAUGACAAACUUAUUCAAAAUGAUACCCGAGGGGAGCUGAAGAUCUCUGCAGUGUCAAAGUCUGAUGAAGGUUUCUACAAGUGUCAGUACUCAGGAAGAGAGUCAGCACAGAGCUGGAUGUCAGUUAAAGUAACUGUGUCAGGAGCUGACAGCUCUUCAUCUCCUGUGUGGUUGAUUGUUCGACUGGUUUGUGGAGUCUCUCUCA